CAGGCUCAAUCCCAAGAUUGCAAGCUGCAAUGGGAUGUCUCAAGAUAUGCUCAAUUCUAAUGCCAGUGCUGGCUGUUUUCGGCCCACUCGGAUUGAGCAGAGCGUUUGAUGGAAAGUACUGGGAUUUGUUCCCAGCAUGGGACGUUUCCAGCAUGCCUGACCUCUCUGGCAAAGUUGCCAUUGUCACAGGUCCAACUGUAGGAGGGAUUGGCUACGAGUCUGCAGUGGAAAUGACAGCCAAAGGGGCACAGGUCAUAUUAGCUGGACGCAGUGCGAGCAAAGGCAAGGAAGCCUUAGAGGAGCUAUUGAAGCGAGUUCCCAAUGCUAAGGUUGAGUUCAUGAAGCUGGACUUGGGAAGCAUGCAGAGCGUCAAAGAAUUUGCAGCCGAAUUUGCAGCCAAGUCUUUGCCGCUGCAUAUUUUGAUGAACAAUGCGGGUGUCAUGGCCAACCCAUUCACUUUGACCGUUGACGGCCUGGAGAGUCAAUUCGGUACAAAUCAUAUUGGUCACUUUUUGCUGACAAAGUUGCUUCUACCACAUUUGGAGGCAUCGGCACCUUCCCGAGUGGUUACAGUAAGCUCCGCUGCUGCCUUCAUUCCAGAGAUGCUGAAAAUGUUUGAGAUUGGAGGUAUCGUGGAUGCUGCACCUGCAGCAGACUUCGACAAGCUUGGUGCCGACUAUGAAGCUUCCUACAGUCCAGUCAAGGCAUACGGUCGCUCCAAACUUGCCAACGUGCUUUUCACGCGGGCGCUCGCCCGGCGAUUGGAAGGCAAGAGUGUCUAUGCCAACGUGUGCCACCCUGGGGGUAUUCAUACCAACCUUGCAAGACACGUGCAGGCAGACGCAGACGCAUCUAUUGGAGAGAUGGCGAAUCUCCUCUUCAGCGUUUUGCAGCAGACUGUGAUGUUUGCAGCUCCGAGGGGUGCUGUUACUCAGUUGUACUUAGCAACAUCCCCUGAGAUUGAGAGCAAGGACAUUCGCGGCCAGUAUUAUCGCCCGCAAGCACUGCACGAGACUCCUCCAAAAUUCUCAACUUACGAGCUGGAGGAAAAACUGUGGUCUUUGUCCGAGAAGCUUGUGCAGGAGUACUUGUAGCGUGACUGCUGUGUAUCGCUCGACGUGUUUGAUUGUGCCAGCCCACAGCAAAACAUACAAAAUUGCCAGGGAUAGCCAAGCCGCACCAGUAACCCUAAGUCUUGUAAUUGACGAAUUGACGCU